AGCAAGCUACAACUCUCCAACUUUGCUGAUGAUUGGACAAACCUCAUCGACGCCGAGGAGCUGGUCGAGCUGUAUUUAGCACAGCCCAUCUGCGGGAUCUCCCUUUCGCAGGGAUAGGGAGUACAUACGUAUGCAACCAGCUCGCCUUAUAGGACAAGAUGGCGGCCCAAAAAGUGGCCAUCUGUCGAGUCGACUGUCGAGCCUGUUGCAGACUCGACUUCCAACUUCACCCAUCCAUCUACCCUUCUUAACCUAGAGGCUCCAAUUCUGCAAACACUUCGUCUAAAGCUAUCUUGUUGAAGACAAUAUCUUCAAAGCUAGCCUAUCUAUCUCACCCUAUAUCUUAUAGCAGGACGGCAAAACUUUGCCUAUACUAAGAAACUCGAGAAGCAUUCAGCGACAAUGUCUGGUCAAUACUAUCCACCGCCCCCUGGUGCGGCUGGGCCAACAGCCUCAGCACCGCAGAAGAGCUACCCACCUCCGCCUACCUCUCCUCCCGCAAAUCAGACGAAGUUCUACCCGCCGCCGCCUGGAACACCCAGUUACCCUCCUCCUCAAACUCAAAGCUACCCUACUCCUCCGCAGCAGUCAUACCCAGCCCCUCCACAACAGAAUUAUCCAGCGCCGCCGCAACAAGCUGUAUCUCCGCCGCCCAAGAUCGGUACACCAGUAUAUCAGCCUCCACCUUCCCAGCCAGCGCAACACGUCAACUUACCCAUUCGGAACGAUGGCACAAUGACACCGCCAGGUAGUGCUGCGCCAUCAUAUGGAGACGUAGUACCUAACCCUCCCGAGGGAUUUCCAAAUGAGAAAGCACAAAGCAUUCUAGGGGCGGGACCAAAUCACUCGAGAACUACGUCAAAUGCCGCCGGACCCUCGCAUUUUCAGGGCGCGGCUGCGACGUUGGAUGACGUGGGAACGUUCAACGGUGGCUCAUAUCGCAUCAGCCACCGAGAUUGUAACACUAUUAUUACGAUCCAAUUGGCGAUGGGGUGCCCGAUAAGCGCUAAACCGGGAGUGCUGAUCGCCAUGAGUCCGACCAUUACGCUCAAGGGUGAGUACAAAUUCAGCAUGAAGAAGUUAAUGGCCAGCGGCGGCGAGUUCGGUCACUCGACCUUUAUUGGUCCCGGUGAGUUGCUGCUUGCCCCUAGCAUGCUUGGCGACAUGACCACCAUCCGCUUAACCGGCGACGAGUCCUGGAGCGUCGGGAAAGACUCGUACGUCGCCAACACCCAGGGCGUUGUUCGCGACUACAAGCGCCAGGGUCUCGGAAAGGCCAUGUUCAGCGGUGAGGGUCUAUGGGUCCACAAGAUCAGUGGUAUCGGCCUGUUGUGGAUCACCAGUUUCGGCGCUAUCAUCCGCAAGGACCUUGCCGAAGGUGAAAGAUAUAUCGUCGAUAACGGCCACUUAGUCGCGUGGAACGUCAAAUAUGUCAUGGAGCGUGUGGCUAGUGGUGGUAUGCUGGGCGGGCUUGCCAGUGGGGAGGGUCUUGUUUGCAAGUUCACAGGACCUGGCACAGUAUUCCUUCAAACGAGAAACCCGAGAUCUUUCAGCGCUUACAUGACGGGCAAUGCGGCACCGCCGUAAAAUACCUACAGUACUGUUACCGUUUCAAUAUCCGGAUUAAUAUCUGGCAUUUCUAUCGUGAGGCUUUCGAAUGGGGUUUUUUUCUAGUUACGUUUGCAAAUACCAGUGCCGGGCAGCGCAUGUAUUGGAUACCUAUAUCACUUUCAUUCUCUAUUUUGGGAAAAUUAAAAUGCCGUGAUUUUAACGAAGUAGUGUGGCUCUUUAAAAUCUACCUAUUGCAACUGACGCAAGAUUAACGUCAAUAAACCCACCUGUUGGGAAACAACCCGAAAUAUGUACUAAAAUCGUACCCGUAGCUUAUUUCAACCUCCUCUCUAAACAAUGACAUUAGUAACAUCAGGGGAUAGUAACACUCAGCCAGUUACGAUUCAACUUCUUUGAGUAUCAUUAGGCUUACAUGAGAUAUAUCUCUGGAAGUUUGUGACCUCAGGUCAAUGGAC